GGAGCUGAUCCCAGUUGUGGUGGCGGUCUGUUUGCUCGUCGGUCGUUCACUCUUGGGGGCGUUGGUCAUGCCCGAAGCAGUCGUCAAGCUAUCACUGCCACUCACUCGGGCGGCGGUCUCCUAAACAUCGGAAAGCCAAUUCUAACUCAACUGCAGCCACAUUCUGCAGAGCGGGACUUUUCUUUGGAUCAGUUUAGUCCAGUCGCAGUAACCACAUCAAGUCAUGCACCGAUGGCGAUGGAGGCCUGUGAUCAAACCUUGACAGCCCUGGUGUGGCCACAACAGCCGGAUACUAGGAUAGCAUCCUCCUCCACUCCUAUAUCUUCUAUCACUUCCUCCAUUUGCGCUUCCGCUUCGUCCUCAGAAUCCUCUUCCCAAUUGCCUCUUCGUGAAUUGAAUCAGUCAACAGCAGCCUCUCCCGCACUCAGCCUUUCAUCGACACUUUGCCCCGAUAACUCUAGUGACCACCAACAACGUCAUCAGCCAUCCCUUAACUUGUCAGACAACCUGGGUGAGCGUGUUGCCACUAUUUGGACACAGGGUAUGCCAUUUUGUGCGCCAGUUGAGAGGACUGUGUCUGUGAACCAGCCAAAUGAGGAUUACGAUGCAAUGGAUGAGGUCGGACCGGCGAUUAUUUUAUCUCUAUCUCCGUCAAAUAGUCUGAAUACAUCAAGUGUUGGUUUAACCUCGCUUUCACAACUUGUUCGGAGCGUCAGGGCGACCUUGUGUAACAUACAUAAUCCCGUGUUCUUUGCCAUAGAAUUCGUGAUUUCCAGAAUUGGACCAUUGGCUGGAUGUCGUCGGAACUCCGAUCCCGAACAUUGGCAACAAGUUCGUCCGGAAGCAUCUGUGCUCACACCGCCUGUAGUCGUGCCGUCUGGAGUAUGCCGCGACCCGGUUCCAUCUCUCUUCCCUGGCCCUCUCCCACCACUUCUCUUUCCCUCUGAUUCUCUUUCUAAUGUUGUAACUUCUGAAUUGCCAGCACUCCAGCCCAUUGCUGCAGAUGGCUUCCUGAUUGCUGCCCCCGACCAGUUAUUACCGAGUUCUACAGGUUUUGGGACCGGGCUUGGUCUCUGUCCUAUCCAAACCGGGUCAGUUUGCCAAGCAAAAUCUGUUUCUCUUCCUCCCCUCGCCUCCCCGCCUAAACAAACCUCCGAAUCCCAACAUCCGACCCUUUAUUUCUCUCCACUUCCCCUCCUGCUCAGUCCCUCAAAUUCCAUCACACCUUGUACCACUACAAAAUACACCACCAGCUUUACUAGCCAGGGUGACUGCUGUGCCAAUCGUCUGCCACCUAGUCUCUCUCGUUCAUCACCAUCAGACUUCUGUACUUCCCAUCAGAUGGCUUCAACAUUACUCACUGUUGCAGGAUUCCGGUCCCCAGGCCUGGCACCGCAGUUAGCGUAG